GGUUGUGGUUCCCAGGCUGCCGCUGCGGGCCUGUGUCGCGAGACGGAUGGAAAGGCAGCACGUACGUGCGGCUAGUGAGCUGGCUAGUGACACGACGCAAGAUUACACCGAAAGGUGAAAGACCAGCCAGCUGUUGCAGCCUUCCUAAAGGAAGCCAAGAUGAGCAGGGAUAUUCCCAUACACAGCUGGCCUGGAUCUUAUUACAUCAACACUGAAAAGCGCUGGGUUAGCGGGACGCUGUCCUUAACCUGCACCACCCUGCGCUUCACCUCCGACAAGGCCGAGGAGAGCCUGGCUAGCGUCCGGCUGUCCCGCAUCAUGGAGAUCAAGAUGGAGUCAUCCAGCUUCAUUUUCAGCACCCUCACGGUGCUGGAGGAGGGCAAUGUGAAGCACUGGUUUGGGUCUCUCCGGCCAAACCGUGUCGUCGUCUACAAUGUGCUGGAGCACUUCUGGAGGGAGCGGCUGCUGUCUCCUUCGGGGGUCCCUACAUCCAAGGCAGCUCCGUUAAGCAAAGGGAAAGAGCUGAUCAGCUUAGUUUCUGGGGCCCAGCGCAGGCUGGAGGACACGGGGAAGGUCCUCACCCACCAGGGGGAGCAGUUUGAUAACAUCAUGCAGGGACUAGACAAGAUCGAGUCGGAUUUGGGUGUGGCAGACAAGCUACUUUCAGAAUUAGAGUCGCCGCCCUGGUGGCCAUUUGGCAAGCUGCCCUGGAAGAGCCAACAGGAGGCCAAGUGCGAGCAGGCUGCCCAGUCCCAUGCUUCGGGAUCUGGCUCCAAGGGGGCAGGCAGGCAGGGGUUGAUCGUCAGCAUCCCGGCCAUAGUCUCGAAAGGUGGACAGUUGGACUUGAAGCCCGGCAGCCUGACCGUGCUGGUGUCCUCACUGGAGGUGCGGGAUAGCAGCUCUCGGCUGCUGCACUGCUUCGAGAGGGGGGAGGUGGACGACGUGCGGGUGCACAGCCCCUAUGAGCUGAGCGUGCGGCAGCGCUUCAUCGGGAAGCCCGACAUCAGCUACCGGCUGCUGUCUGCUCGGAUGCCUGAGGUAUUGUCUGUUCUGGAGAUGCAGUACAAGAAAAAGGUGGAGUUCAUGCCGGAAUACUCUGCCUUCCAGACCACCCCAGCUGCAUCCCCCUGUAACCCUGAAGGGGCAGAUUCUGUGUGGAGCGCAGCAACAAGCCUCUUCCAGCACUGCCAUGAAACAGAGGUUCCCAUGGAGGUUCCUGCAGGAGACCUGACCCAGCUGCAAGUGAAGGUCCUCCAGCCCACUGUCACAGAGGCAGAAGCUCAGGAGCUGAAGCAGAUGCUGCUCCAGCUGAAGAACCUAGCCCUGGAGGCGGAGUCGGAGCUGGAGAGGCAGGACGAAGCUCUGGACGUCCUGGCUUCCUCCACGGACCGCGCCACCAUGAACAUCGACAGACAUUCCCGGCGCAUGCGGAAGCUGCUGUGAAUCUCGGGCUCCGCCGCCCCCGUCCCCCAUGUCUGGUGGCCUGUAAUCCCUCCCAGCACCUAAUUUCCCUUGCUUGCCUCCACUUCACUGGCCUGGACAAUGUCCUCAUAUUCCCUGGAGGCAGCGUGGUGCCUUGGGUGUUCACUGUAUGGACUGAAGAAGUGACCUCCAGGACUGCAGCCGCGGACCAGUCAAAUCUGUCCUUAAUGUAGCCUCUGGUUUUAUUCGAUAGUGCUGUUUUUCUUGGCAUGGGCGCUGGGUGGCAGCGAACUGACACGUCUGUUUUUGGACGCAUUUUUGGGACUGGGUAAUCUCCUUUUCAGAUGCUGUUUGUGCAGCAGUCGCAGUGGAGGUUGUAUAUGUUAGGGGUCUUUCAGCCUGUUGUAUUACUCAGAGGAAUAACAGAACAUUAGGCAUCUAACUGUUAAAAAAAAAAAAUGUCCAGAUACUGGAAGUAUAGCCAGAGGAGCAUGUAGUAAAUGGUCCUUGUAGCGGACUGAGCGUGCGUAAUAGGUGCAUGUCCAUACUUAACCCUGGCAUGUUGCAUGUGCCCACACUGGGGAGACACUGCGCUAGCACACGCACACACAUACAUAUAUAUCUGUGUGGAACUGGGAGUCAUACAUUUUCACAUCACAUUCAAGCUGUAGUUAUAGAAUUUCAUAUCUGGAUUUUAAAAAAAAAUCUAACCAAUUCGGCAGUGAAGAUAGAGUUUUGGAUACGGUUUUAUUGUAGGAGUUAAUUGCCUUUUAAUCCUCAUAUGCAUAGUCAGGCCUGAGGUCAGGAUCUUAAUCGGAUCCCAGCUAUCAUUCCCUUCUUGGUGACUAAAGAAAGAAAAGAGGCUUGUAGUGUGGCGCGACCUGUUUUUAAUUGGCACUAACUAGCCAAUCACGUGUGCUGGUUUUUCUUCCCAGCAGCCCUUGCGGCUGCCUUCCCCUCACUGUAGGGUGGAAUGGAAACUGCUCGGUUCCAGUUUCAUGGGCAGCCCAUUGAAAAGUUUACGGUUCAUCUUAAAAUCUCAGUGUUUUUCCAAAAUAUUUCCACUACACGGGACACCAGAGAUAUCAAAUUGUUGCUUUUUGCUGGCAGCUUUGCACAAGUAAAAUUUAAGCAUUGACUGUGAUUAUAUACAGCAGAUACCGCAUGGACACGCCGAUGAUGAUUAAUAUGCAUAUUAAACAGUACGGGGAAGUAUGAAUAGAUGAUACAUGUGAAGAAUGUAUUGAUAGCACAGCAGAUGACACCAUUUUUGGCUGAAAUUGAUUUUUUUUUUUAUCGUUAAAUAGCUGGAAGUAACAAGCUCAUUUUAUUUGAUUUGAGAUACAUGUUCUACUUCACAGUUGAAUUUCCGGCUUCUGGCCAUACUUGUGUAGCUUAAUGUAUGCUGUAUGUCACUGGCAUUUGUAUAUAUGUGUAUAUAUGUGGUUUGUGGACUGUUUUGAUGUUUGAUAAUGUAGCUUUUUUUAAUGUAUGACAAGACAUUGGUUUAAUUCAUUUGCCGAGUUUACAUAAGUUUAUCUAUUUAUUCAGUACAACUAAUGAAAUGCUGAGGAAACGGUGGCCAUUGCUACCGAAUCCUCUGUGUGAUUGCGGAGGUCUAGACAUCCCAUAGUUUUGCUCAGGACGUCACGUCUUGCUCAUUUCCCUCGGUGGCCCAAGGUGUUCCGGACUUAAUUUCCUGUAGCUGGAGCAAUCCCAUUAGGGCAGUGUUUCCCAACCCAGUCCUUGAGGACCAGCAGACGGUCCAUGUUUUUGCUGCCUCCCAGCUCCCGGUAGCAAAAAUGUGGACUGUCUGGUAGGGAGUUGGGAGGGAGCAAAAACAUGGACCGUCUGUGGGUCCCUGAGGACCGGGUUUAGAAAUGCUGCAUUAGAGACUGGGGAGAGAGAAGAAUGAGGUGCCCCUACUAGAACAUGCAGGAUGUACUUUCCUUUGAGGUGAGAGGCUGGUGAGGAGGAAGCAGAGUCUGUCUUUGUCUGAUGGGAAAAUAAAGACAAGAAAUGGAAUUAAUUUUGUAAUUAAUAGUUGUAUUGAUGGUGAUUAUCUCUAAGCUUGGUACUGACGUUUUGUAUGGGAGACCCUCUCUUUCCUGAGUGGGAUGGAGCUGGAAUUAUAGCCCUGUGCCCUUAACCAACCUGGUUAUUUAUUGGACAGUGUUGGGAGGGAAAAUUAAGGGACAAAUAGGCGCUUGUGGGAAAAAAUGGAAUUUCAAAUAUAAAAGGAAACUGCACUACAGAAUUUUGCACACCAGCAACAGGAAAGUGUGAAGAGCAACCACUCACUCUGCAGUUUGACCAGGAGUAUCUGAGCAGAAAUGGCUGACAGUGGUGUGCAGUCCUUCAUCUGGGGUUUGCCUUUGCUCGCUUUAGUUGGGCAGGCCAGGAAAAUGCAGAAACUGACACAUUGUCCUUGCUGUUUAAAUGAGUGACCCCCACCACCGCAGGUAGGAAGAUCUGGGCGUCAGUCAUGCUUAGGAAAGGUAUAAAACUGUAAAUGUGAUUUUAAAAACUUUUUAUUUUUAACUGUUAUGUUGUACUCUCUGUUUGUUUAUAAGGUGUGAGAGGGUAGAAUUUUUUGUUUUUUUUUAUGAUUUCGGUCGUAUUUCUUGGCACUUUAACAUGUUUGCUCCAGCUAUUAAACUGCAGCGGAUAUAUGCAGGUAGUUAUGAGGAUAAUUCUUGUUGCAGAAAGUUCGGGGGUGGGCGGGAAGUGUAUAUACUGUAUUAUGUAUAAUAUACUGUCUGAAAUAGUCAUUAAUACCUUAAGUAACAUGAAUAAUAAACCAGUUAGUCUUUUUCUCCAUUUAAUGUGCAGUGACAAUCAAGGUACAUGUAUUACGGUGUAUUUUAGCAGCGUCAGUGCAGGAAAUGCAGGGAAACAUGCAACAACGCAUUAAAGAAAUAUUGAACAACCCGCUCUUAUGGAAAUGUUUUUUUUUUUCUGAAACCAUCGUCACUUUUUUUUUUUUAAAUAUCAUACAACUCUUUAUUUUCCAUUUUCAGGGAUCGAUUGAGGUGGUCUGUGGGGAAAAGCAUUCAGUACUGUAAAUCCGUCAUGGGACGGAUGUUUGCUGCCUGCCUCGUCAGUCCUCCUGGAUCAUGCAGGCGCUUGGCUUGCAGUAGUCAAACAGAACCCCUUGCUCCCUCGCACCCAUCCCUAAGCGAGCGAUAACAUCUACUAUGUAAACAAUCUCCGAUUUUGUGGUGUAGUUGACGCAAAUGCUGGCGAACGGUAUGCCCUGCUGUUGUGCCCGCGACUGGGUGGGCUCCAGGAUACUGAAGGCUCUGUGUGGUUGUUUAGGGUGGUGGACCGGUCCAUUCCCGCGCUCCCCUACUGCCACGCCUCCCUGAAGUGUGCUCUGAUUGGUGGGUUCUUCACUGAUCAUCCCAUGAACUCCCAUGUGCUGAAAUGUCCUGUAUCUUCGAUUUAACUCAUGCGCCAUCACACAAUGGAACUAGUUUUGGCUAAUCAUUAACAAAAUCAUACAGAUUAGACUGACCUUCAGUGGAACUGGUACCCGCUGGUUCUUCUUGACCUGCUAGAAGACUCUGGUUGCAUGUGUGAUGUGUUAAUUGUGCAGACAUAGCCACUUGUUUCAAAUGUGCGUAAAGGUCCUUGUAAUGUCCUUUAUUAAUAGCUGUCCCGUUAAUUGCCUGAUGUAUUUAAGCUGCAUUUAAAAUGUCAUGUGUAAGUGUUAAUUUGUUGAUUAAACCAUGUACUAAGAAUCAA